AUGCCACGAGGCGAGUCAUCAGCUGCAUCCGAAAAUCUGAAUGACGACAUGGUCCUAUUCCCUAUUUCGGCAGAUGAGUCUGCCUCUUUGAUGCACUAUCUGGACAAUGUCUUUCCACUACAGUAUCCCAUGUACAGACCUAGCACUCUGAUGGGAGGAAGGGGCUGGCUAUUAGCCCUUUUACUUCGAAUGAAGCCUCUCUAUCAUGCGACACUGGCGGUCAGUUUAUACCACCGCAGAAAAAUUAACAUUACAGACAUUGUUCAUCAUCCGUGUCGAGUGGCUGUAUUGGUUGAGCAAGAGAAGCAUCUUGAAAUUUGUCUCACCGAAUUUCAAAAGGUGUUGAGAUCAGCCAAUAAAUGUCUUAAGAAUAUAUCCUGCGCAAAACUCGGGUAUCGCAUUAUUGCGUUGGUCGUUCAAUUGAUAUUCUUCGAGUUCUUUACAGGCCAGGGCAGUGAAUGGAAAAUUCAUCUCCGUGCAGCAACAAAUGCGUAUGAACGACGCUUUCGAGAUGGACUAGUCGAUUUUGGUCUCGACCCAAGGUCAAAGACUAUCAUGUGUGGCAGUCGACUUCUCUCUGAAGACGAUGGCGCGGAGGUCAUGGAAGAAGUUAUGAUUUUUAAGUUCUUUACCGGGACAAUAAUAUGGCUCGAUAUCAUAUCUUCCAUCACUGCCGGAACAGCACCACUUUUAAUGGUUUACCAUCUCCGGGAUAUUGCUUCGAAUUCAUCUCAGAUUAGGCUUGACGAAAUUAUGGGCUGCAAAAACCGGAUAAUGUUACAGAUUGCUCACAUCGCUGCGCUACAUGAACACAAGACCAAAGUUCAGCAAGAAGGCCACUUGGUAAAUACGGGGCUUGAAGAAGCUGUUAGUGACAUCAGAAGGGAGAUUCAGUCUGCUUUUACCCAGGCAGCCUCAGAGGGGUUCAGCUUUCCAGACAGCAGCAAUACUGGUAUGACAUCAAAUUCGACGUUGGCGUUAGAUUCGUGUACACUGGUCACACACAUGUUUUCUCGCAUGGCGUCGAUUUACCUCCACCUGGUUGCAUACGGCUUUCAAAAGCUGGAGUUACUGGACACAGAUAUUUGUACAGCUAUGGGAAUGCUUUAUACGCAGGUCCCUUCCCAUCUUCUCCGAUCGAUGGUCUGCCCACUAUAUGUGAUUGGGUCUGUUGCAAGACAAGAAGAGGAGCGCGUAUUUUUCCGAAAUGUCUUCUCCUCGCCGCCAUUGCAGGAUCCCCUGUUUGAGCAUCGGGCGAAAAUCUUACCUGCUUUAGAGGAAAUCUGGAGAAGAAGACAGUACACGAAUGGGUUGACAUGGGGGGAUAGUUUGGAAUUAGUCCCCAAUCUCCUGCUCCUCUGA